CGGACAUGAGGAAUGACCUUGGAAGCCAUUUAGCCAUACCAUUUGAUGCACCAAAUUUCGUUGGCGUGUGACUGAUGAAUUCCCAUGGAUUGGUCUGCUAUCAAGUGUGUAUGCUUAGACGUAGACUCUACAGUGUGUAUUGACGAAGGGUUAGAUGAACUGGCCAAUUACCUUGGAGUUAGUGAUAAGAUUAAAGAGAUCACUAGAAUGGCUAUGAGUGGGAAAUUGGAUUUUACUGAAGCUUUAAAAACCCGUUUAUCAAUAAUGAACUUGAAUAAGAAGACGUUAAGUGAAUUUAUGGAUAACUAUCCAGUUAAACUGACACCAGGAAUUGAAAAACUUAUCCAACAAUUUAAGGAGAAUGGAAUUCACAUUUAUUUAGCAAGUGGGGGUUUGUAUCCACUGGUCAAUCGUGUGGCCAAGCUAUUAAGUAUUCCUGAAGAAAAUAUUUUUGCAAACAAGCUGGUUUUUACUAAGGAAGGUGCUUAUAGUGGUUUUGAUACCAGAGAACUUACAAGUCGAUCAGAUGGUAAAGCCUUAAUUGUUGCUGAAUUGAUGGAUAGACUGCAUACAUCGGUUAUGAUUAUAGGUGAUGGAAUAACAGACGCAAACGCCUGUCCACCAGCUGAAGUGUUUAUUGGUUUUGGUGUAAAUAUAAUCCGCCCUGAAGUUCAAAGUGUAUCAACAUAUUUUUGUACAUCUAUGGAUGAAUUACUUGAAUUGUUAAGAAGUAAUAAAAUGUUGAAAUAAAACUCUCUUCUCAUAGUUCGUUUAAUAAAUUAUACUUUGUGGAAGCAUAUGUUUAGAUACUUAUUUUUGGCUUGAUAGUUUUGAGUUGCUUUUAAAUGAAUAGUCGCUAAUACCAAGCUGAAUGACAUUACUGAAGAUCUGGCAGUUAUUCUGAUUGUGUAACAUAUUAUCAAGAGAUGACAACUUUGCUUUUUAUAGAAUGGUAAAAAUUCAGACCAUGAUAUAUGCAUAUAAACUGC